AUGUCUGAAUUAUUUAAAGAAGACAGAAACAAAUUCUCAUAUGCUUUUAAGCAACAAAUAAUGAAAGCAUGGUAGCCUGUUCCAACAAUUAAUUCGUCGCUUUUACUAUUUAGCACAUUAUCGGUUAUAUUUUUAUCACUAGGUAUAGCAUUAAUAGUACUAUCUAAUUAAAUAGUUGAAGUUUCGGUUAGAUAUGAUUCUUAAUGUGGUAGGGUAUUUUAUGGCAACAAUUAUUUAGAAAUGAUUAACUCUCCCAAUAACAAAUGCACAGUAGAAUUUCAAGUCCCUAGCAAGCUAAAAGCACCAGUAUAUGUAUAUUAUGAGCUUGAUAAUUUUUAUUAAAAUCAUCGAAAAUAUGUUAAGUCUAAAAACAUUAAUUAAUUAUAAGGAGAAGAUGUUUCCGUAUCUUAACUAAGUGAUUGUGCUCCUAUUAUAUAUUACAGUGAUUUAAGAAAAUAUAGGGCGAUAUAAUAAACAUCAAAUACAGAUGGCUUUAAAGAUACUGAUAUAGCAAAUCCAUGUGGGUUAAUUGCGGCUUCUUAUUUUAAUGAUACUUAUGUCUUAAAAACGAAUAACGGUAGUUAAACUAAAGAAAUUUCUAAUUAAGAUAUUGCUUGGCCAAGCGAUAAAAAAGAAAAUUUAAUAAAUCAAAAGUUAAAUAAUGGAUAGAUGUUGAAGAUGGUAUAUAUUAAUAUAUUAUUAUGA